GUGGGCGGAGCCGGGAGCACAGGCCACCCCUGCUAUAUCCGCGCCUGCGCGGCGCGGCUACGGGGCCAGUCGGGACGGAGGAGACAAGAUGGCGCUGCGGGCAAUGCGGGGGAUCGUGAACGGGGCCGCACCCGAGCUACCCGUGCCCACCAGUGGGCCUGUGGUGGGAUCUCGGGAGCAAGCGCUGGCAGUUAGCCGGAACUACCUUUCCCAGCCUCGCCUCACAUACAAGACAGUAUCAGGAGUCAAUGGUCCACUAGUGAUCUUAGAUCAUGUUAAGUUUCCCAGAUAUGCUGAGAUUGUCCACUUGACAUUACCAGAUGGCACGAAGAGAAGUGGGCAAGUUCUAGAAGUUAGUGGUUCUAAAGCAGUGGUUCAGGUAUUUGAAGGGACAUCAGGUAUAGAUGCCAAGAAAACGUCCUGUGAGUUUACUGGGGAUAUUCUCCGAACACCAGUGUCCGAGGAUAUGCUUGGUCGGGUCUUCAAUGGAUCAGGAAAACCCAUUGACAGAGGUCCUGUUGUACUGGCUGAAGACUUCCUUGACAUCAUGGGCCAACCAAUCAAUCCUCAGUGUCGAAUCUAUCCAGAGGAGAUGAUUCAAACUGGCAUUUCGGCCAUAGAUGGCAUGAACAGUAUUGCUCGGGGGCAGAAAAUUCCAAUCUUCUCUGCUGCUGGCUUACCACACAAUGAGAUUGCAGCUCAAAUCUGUCGCCAGGCUGGUUUGGUAAAGAAAUCCAAAGAUGUAGUGGACUACAGUGAGGAAAAUUUUGCAAUUGUAUUUGCUGCUAUGGGCGUAAACAUGGAAACUGCCCGGUUCUUCAAAUCUGACUUUGAAGAAAAUGGCUCAAUGGACAAUGUCUGCCUCUUUUUGAACUUAGCUAAUGACCCAACUAUUGAGCGAAUUAUCACUCCUCGCUUGGCUCUAACUACAGCCGAAUUUCUGGCCUAUCAGUGUGAGAAACAUGUAUUGGUUAUCCUAACAGACAUGAGUUCUUAUGCUGAAGCACUUCGAGAGGUUUCAGCAGCCAGGGAAGAGGUUCCUGGUCGACGAGGUUUCCCAGGUUACAUGUAUACAGAUUUAGCCACAAUAUAUGAACGUGCUGGUCGAGUGGAAGGUAGAAAUGGCUCCAUUACUCAAAUCCCUAUUCUCACUAUGCCUAAUGAUGAUAUCACUCACCCCAUCCCUGACUUGACUGGAUAUAUUACAGAGGGGCAGAUCUACGUGGACAGACAGCUGCACAAUAGACAGAUUUACCCACCUAUUAAUGUGCUGCCCUCAUUAUCACGGUUAAUGAAGUCUGCUAUUGGAGAAGGUAUGACCAGAAAGGAUCAUGCCGAUGUAUCUAACCAGCUGUAUGCAUGUUAUGCUAUUGGUAAGGAUGUACAAGCCAUGAAAGCCGUUGUUGGAGAAGAAGCCCUAACCUCAGAUGAUCUUCUUUACUUGGAAUUUCUGCAGAAGUUUGAGAGGAACUUCAUUGCUCAGGGUCCUUAUGAAAACCGCACUGUCUAUGAGACUUUGGACAUUGGCUGGCAACUGCUCCGAAUCUUCCCCAAAGAAAUGCUGAAGAGGAUCCCUCAGAGCACCCUGAGUGAAUUUUACCCUCGAGACUCUGCAAAGCAUUAGCUGCUACUUCAUCGCUGGCUCGAUACACUUGUGAAAUACUGGUUCUGUUUUCUUUAUUCCUUUUGCACUCCCCCAUUCCCCCAUCUUUGUGUUGAAGUUUACCUUGUUACCCUGUAAUUAAAAACAAAGACUAGGUAACAUUGUGCCAGUGUUGCAAUGUUUUAAACUUCUAACAGACUUUAAAAUAUCCCCUGUUGAGAAAACCUGGAUCAUCAGUGCUCUUUUUACAGUAGCUGCAGGGAUGGAGGUGAAGUUUUCCUACAGAUGUAUGUGUUUGUACAUAGUGGUGUAGUUAGUUGCCUAAUAAUGUGUUCAUUAUAUGGGUCUCCCCGACCUUCCCUCUCAGCCCCCUCAAGAGUAUCACUGUCUGAAGUUACAAUGCUUUGAGCUCCAAUUUAGAGCCAGGAUCAAGUCUAAAAGAAGCCUCCUCUCUGAAGAGCCAGGGGCCUCUUUGCUGCACAUUUGUUUUUGGAUUGUUGCUGUGCCCGUGGGUCUGUGCUGCUGCUUCAAGCAGCUGGUUUUUACUGUCCACCUGCUCUGUCCUCUAAUGACUAGAUUGGAAAAGGAGUUUUCCUUUUUCUCUUUAGUCCUUACGAGUCGGGACUCCUGUGUCUUACUGUACCCCCCCCCCCCGGGUAACACAGAGUCCUGCAGCUUUCGCACAGCUGGUUUUGAUUUGACAGUAGUGAGAUGCCUUGUCUUGAUGAUCCUUACUGGGUUUCCCUGCAUCCCUGCAGAGGAAUCAUAAUUAAAAUAACUAAUAGAACUGUUGCUUGGAAGGGGGGGGUACGAUAAAAGAGGAGAGAAAAACCCAUAUCCAUUCUACAUUCUGACAUGCUAACAGUGGUUUCAGCUUCUGAAGUGUUGACCAGAUGCUGAGGGCAAGGUGGGGAGGAGAAAGCUCUUGUGUGUAUGGAUAUUUUAAACUCUGUUAGAGAGCAGCCUUUGGAAGAUCCCCUAUUUGAUCCCGUUUUCUGACCCCUCUCUGCCUUUUCAGGGUAAUCUUGUGGCACAAGUGAUAGCAUUUAAAAGCUUUCGGCUUUUAAUUCUCGCUCCUUCUUGCUGUGAGUCCUGCGCUGUCUUCUGUGCACUUCUGCCACGUCUACUGUUCGGUCUCUUUGUGUUCUUUGUUAAUUGGUGCAAUAGCAACUUCUCUGUGCAUUCCAUCUUUCCAGUUGUGUAAAGUGGAGGGGGGGGGGGAGUCAGCAUGAUUAUAUUUUAAUGUAGAAAAUGUGACAUCUGGAUAUAAAAUGAAAAUAAAUGUUAAAUUAAAUGGAAGUUACCUAAA